AUGCGUGAGAUCGUCCACUUGCAAACCGGCCAGUGUGGCAACCAAAUUGGAAGUGCCUUUUGGCAGACCAUCUCGGCUGAACAUGGCCUUGACAGCCAAGGUGCAUAUCAUGGCUCCUCUGACCUCCAGCUUGAGCGCAUGGACGUCUAUUUCAAUGAGGCCUCCGAUCGCUACGUUCCCCGGGCCGUCCUCAUCGACCUCGAGCCCGGCACCAUGGACGCCAUUCGCGCCGGCCCCCUCGGCCAGCUCUUCCGUCCGGAUAACAUGGUCCACGGCGAGUCCGGCGCCGGCAACAACUGGGCCAAGGGCCACUACACGGAAGGCGCCGAGCUCGUCGACCAGGUCCUCGACGUCGUCCGCCGCGAAGCCGAAGGCUGCGACUGCCUCCAAGGCUUCCAGAUCACGCACUCCCUCGGCGGAGGCACUGGCUCUGGCAUGGGCACGCUACUGAUCGCCAAGAUUCGCGAGGAGUUCCCCGAUCGUAUGAUGGCGACGUACUCAGUCGUCCCAUCUCCAGGCAAUUCUGACACGGUUGUCGAGCCGUACAAUACCACCUUGUCGAUACAUCAGCUCGUCGAAAACUCGGACGCGACGUUCUGCAUCGAUAACCAGGCUCUCUACGACAUUUGCUCCCGAACUCUCAAGCUUGCCAACCCGUCCUAUGGCGACCUCAACCACUUAGUGUCCGUGGUCAUGUCUGGCAUCACGACUUGCCUUCGCUUUCCCGGCCAGCUGAAUUCGGAUCUGCGAAAAAUGGCUGUCAACUUGGUGCCAUUUCCUCGCCUCCAUUUCUUUACCGUCGGCUUCGCUCCCUUGACCGGCCGCGGCUCGCAUUCGUUCCGGGCCGUUUCCGUCCCCGAGCUCACGCAGCAAAUGUUUGACCCGAAGAACAUGAUGGCCGCGUCCGACUUUCGCAACGGCCGUUUCCUGACCUGCUGCGCCAUCUUCCGUGGCAAAGUUGCGAUGAAGGAGGUUGAAGACCAGAUGCGCAAGGUCCAAAACAAAAACUCAAGCUACUUCGUCGACUGGAUUUCCAACAACAUCCAGAAUGCCCUGUGUACUGUGCCCCCCAAGGGCCUCAAGAUGUCCUCCACCUUUAUCGGCAAUUCCACCUCUAUUCAGGACAUCUUUAAGCGCGUUGACGCCCAGUUCUCCGUCAUGUUUCGCCGCAAGGCAUUCUUGCAUUGGUAUACUGGCGAAGGCAUGGAUGAGAUGGAGUUCACUGAGGCUGAAUCUAAUAUGAAGGAUCUCAUCUCUGAAUAUCAGCAGUACCAGGAUGCAACUGCCGACGAUGAGGAGGAAUACGAGGAAGAGGUACCGGUGGAAGAGGGCGAGUAG